AUAAACGCCUAUAUAUACGCAUCAUCAUCACCCUUACAACUUUUCAUUCUCUCACAAAAAGCUUUCUCUCAUUCCCCUAAAAUUUAAAGCGUUCUUUUCUUUUGAAUCAUAAUGGAGUGUAGACCGUUGGAUCUGACGAUUAUAUCCGCCGAAGAUCUCAAAGACAUCCAACUAAUCGGCAAACAAGACUUAUACGCCGUCGUUUCAAUCAACCGCGACGCUAGGACAAACCAGAAAACAAAAGUCGACAAAGAUUGCGGGACCAAACCCAAAUGGAGACACCAGAUGAAGCUCACCGUCGACGACUCCGCGGCACGCGAGAAUCGUCUCACCCUUGUCAUCGAGAUCGUUGCUGAUCGUCCCAUCGCUGGCGAUAAACCCGUGGGAGAGGUUAGCGUUCCAGUUAAGGAGCUUUUGGAUCAGAACAAGACUGGAGACGACGAGGAGGAGAAGACAGUGACGUACGCUGUGAAGCUGCCUAACGGAAAGGCGAAAGGGUCUCUCAAAUUUUCUUUCAAGUUUGGUGAGAAGUAUACUUUCGGAAAUGCUCCUCACGCGCCUGGACCGUUGGCUAUGGAGCGUAAGUCUAUGGAUCAGCCCGUUACGGCUUACCCGCCCGGACAAGGAGCCCCGGUUGCAUACCCACCGGGUCCUUAUCCACCACCAGGACAUGAUGAUAAGCAGGGUGGUGUUUAUGGUUACCCGCCAGCCAGCGGUUAUCCACCAGCUGGUCCUAGUGGAUAUCCGCCACCUGGUGCAUACCCGCCUCCACUGCAAGGAGGCUACCCGGGUUAUCCACCACAGGGUCCAGGUUAUGGGUAUCCACCACAGGGUCCAGGAGGCUAUGGAUAUCCGCCGCAGGGUCCGUAUGGUUACCCGCAACAGCAAGGUUAUGGUGGGAAACCGCAGAAACCGAAGAAGCACGGAGGAGGUGGAAUGGGUCUAGGACUUGGACUUGGAGCUGGGUUAUUGGGUGGGUUGCUUGUUGGUGAAGCUAUUGGUGAUAUUGCGGAUAUGGGUGGCGACUUUGAUUUCUGAGUUUCUGUUUGUGCUAUCUCUUUAUGUUGUGAUUAACGUUUUCAGUUUCUCAGGCAACUGGUUCUAUGUUUCUCUUGGGGGAUCCUGUGAGAGAUUAACAAGUUCUAUCUUCUUGUUUUUAUGUGUUUAGUUUUCUUGGCAUUCUCCUUACGAAAACAUGGUUGAUCUUUGUUGAUAAUCAAAUUUUCACUAGUAAAGAUCUGGCACAUCUCAUUUGUCAAUAUGCGUAACACGAA